CUGAUAUAUCACUUUUCGAUCGUAAGAGCGCUCCUUCGCGUCGCCGCAGCAGAAUCCGUUCGUUUGCAGCAGUUGAAGAAUUCGUGAAAAUCGUGAUCGAUCGAGAAAACGCAUCAAUAAGAUAGAACGAGAUCGACGAUGCUAAGAUGAUGGAGGCGGAGCCGGAGAUUGCGGCGGUGGCGAAGGUGGCGAGGGCAAUGACGCUUCGCCGCCACCAUUCCAUGUCGGACUUGACCUUGGAAUCGGUGCCGGAGGUGGCGGAGAUUAUAGAGGACGAGGUUCAGGAUGAGGCGGAGUCGGAAGCCAUAGCGGAGCUGCGGAAGCUUCUAGAAGAGAGAAAAACUCUGGCUGAGGUUCUAGAGAGAGAAAGGAAGGCGUUGAAGCAAGAGAACGCGCGGAGUGAGAUGAAGGCGAGGGAGCUGGAGCGGAAGCUCAUAGUCACAGAGAUAAAUGAGAUCAAAGAGAGAAGCAAGAGAUUUAGGGUUGAACAAUCGCUGAUGGAGAAAAUCCAUGAGAAAUUGGGGGAAAUUGGGAUCCUAACGGAGAAGAUCGAGAAAUUGGAGAAGGCGUUGAGGAAUUGCGAGGAGAGAGCAAGGUGCAUGGAGUGGGUUGCGAUUGGUUUGAGAGAGAGGGUUAGGGAGGCAGAGAGAGCGAUAGGAGUGGCAGGGCUUGAUGGCCGCAGAGGUUCUCGAUGUGGCGGCGAAGAGGAGGAGUUGGAGUUGCCGCCGUGGCCGGUGGUGGUGAAGGGAUUAGGGUUAGCAGGAGCUAUUAGUGCUGCUGUGGCUGCUAUGAUCUAUUUUUGGUUUGGAAGACACAAAUCUAGAAGAUGAAAUGCAUGGAUCCAUAGAUGCAUGCAUGGUUGCAUGUGAUUUGAUCAAAUUCAAGAACUUCAACGAGCUCUCAAAGGCUCCAAUCAAUGGAAUAGGUGUGAUAAUCUGCUGUUGGAUCAAACCAAAGAUAGUAUUGAACCUCACGACC